GAGAGACAUUACCCGCGUGGACAGAGAAAACGUGUGUCGGCCGCAUGGAAAAUCGAAGACUCGAAAUUGCUCAGUCGUUAACAACCUUCAUCACCCAAACCCAUCUUUCUCUGGAAAUCAAAAAAUUGCUCUGAUCGACUUCGCCCUUCAAACCCAAUAAUCACAUAUACUUACAUUAAGACAGAGCUGUAUUUAAAUAUUGCAAUCCAUGGGCUGCUCCUCUUCUCUUCCAGGUAGGAGUUCUGGGCGGUUGGGGGGCCUUAACAGUUCAGAGAGUGGUGGGGUGCCAGAUGCGAAAAAUCUACGUGUUAAGCUUGUUUUGUUAGGUGAUUCUGGUGUUGGGAAAAGCUGUAUUGUACUCCGUUUUGUUCGUGGACAGUUCGAUCCAACAUCCAAGGUAACAGUUGGAGCGUCAUUCUUGUCACAAACAAUUGCUUUACAAGAUUCUACAACGGUUAAGUUUGAGAUAUGGGACACUGCUGGCCAAGAGAGGUAUGCUGCAUUGGCACCACUAUACUAUCGAGGUGCUGCGGUUGCAGUUAUUGUCUAUGAUAUUACAAAUCCGGAUUCAUUCAAUAAAGCACAGUAUUGGGUUAAGGAGCUACAGAAACAUGGGAGCGCUGAUAUAGUCAUGGCUUUAGUUGGUAACAAGGCUGAUCUUCAUGAGAAACGAGAAGUGCCUGCUCAAGAUGGCCUUGAGUAUGCAGAGAAGCAGGGGAUGUUCUUUAUUGAGACAUCUGCGAAGACAGCUGAUAAUAUAAACCAGCUGUUUGAGGAAAUCGGCAAGCGACUUCCCCGCCCCUCCUCUUCGUCUUCGUGACCGCAUAGCCUCGUCAAUUAUACAACUUGUAAUGUUAUGAGAAUAUGAUUUCAGUCUCAAGUUUGUGUAUAUUAAGUUUCAUCCUUGUAUCACUGAUCUGUUUGUAAUCUGGUUUGAUUUGGAAAGUGCAAGUGCGGAUAUAACAAUUCCAACUCAGCUAGUGGGGCUUGCUGUCCUAAAGAGACAAUCAUGUAAUGUAAGGAGCCAUAUUUAACUCCUCUGAAUCAUUUGGCUUCGGACUACGUCUUGCCGUGAAAUCCAUGGCAGAAUAUCUUAUUUGAUAGAGGAAUUUGCAUGGUCUUA